AAGCCUCUCACGCCCCCCACUUUAGCUAAGCUAAGCCAUUAGCAGCACAGCCCCAGACCGGGCUACAACGUCGUUAGCGACCGGCCCAAACUGGGUGUGCCUGCUCCGAGAUAAUAUGAUGCAAGUUCAGGUGUAUUUGCUGAAAUAUCAGACACGUGCUUUUCCCAUACAGAUUCUGGAGCUGCCGUACAAAAACAAAGAGCUCAGCAUGCUCAUCCUUUUGCCCAUGGAUAUCGAAGACGAUACAACUGGUCUGGAAAAGCUGGAGAAGGAGCUCACCUACGACAAAUUUAUGAAGUGGACUGAUCCGGUAAGCAUGAGUGAAAGUGAGGUGCGAGUGGCUCUGCCUCGGUUUAAGAUGACGGAGAAGUACGACAUGAAGAGGUUUCUCACCAACAUGGGCAUGGUGGACGUCUUUGACGUUGCACUGAGCGACCUCUCAGGUGAGACUCGUACUGCAAAACCAUUUUUUGAGAGAGUAA